CUCUGCCCCCGUGUAGAACAGCCUACCAAUGCUUUCUCAUUUGGAUCCAGGCUCCAAUUCGGGAGUCUGGUAGCUGGAUCCCCUAGGAAGAGAAGUUCUCAAGCAGUAAGAAGAAAGCCUUUCAAUUUGGAACACUUCUUUGCAGCUGGAAAUGGGGAAUGGACUGUCAGACCAGACUUCGAUCCUGUCCAGCCUGCCUUCAUUUCAGUCCUUCCACAUUGUCAUUCUGGGUUUGGACUCUGCUGGAAAGACAACUGUGUUAUACAGGCUGCAGUUCACUAAAUUUGUAAAUACCGUACCUACCAAAGGAUUUAACACGGGAAAAAUUAAGGUAACCUUGGGAAAUUCUAAAACAGUCACUUUUCACUUCUGGGAUGUAGGUCGUCAGGAGAAAUUAAGGCCACUGUGCAAGUCAUAUACCAGAUGCACAGAUGGCAUUGUAUUUGUUGUGGACUCUGUUGAUGUUGAAAGGAUGGAAGAAGCCAAAACUGAACUUCAUAAAAUAACUAGGAUAUCAGAAAAUCAAGGAGUCCCUGUGCUUAUAGUUGCUAACAAACAAGACCUGAGGAACUCAUUGUCUCUCUCAGAAAUUGAGAAAUUGUUAGCAAUGGGUGAACUGAGCUCAUCAACUCCCUGGCAUUUGCAGCCCACCUGUGCAAUCAUAGGCAAUGGACUGAAGGAAGGACUUGAGAAACUACAUGAUAUGAUAAUUAAAAGAAGAAAAAUGUUGCAGCAGCAGAAAAAGAAAAGAUGA